AUGAUCCACCAAGGAGUAUUGACUCUCUUCGGAAAGAACGGAAGUGAUCAGGUCUAUUGCCUUUCAUGUCAUAUCGAAAAUGUGACGGACCAGAGAGCAUGGAAUGUCCCAGUCCCUAUCGCCAACGGGGUGGAGCAGAUUUCGGCGUACGUGAACAGGGCAGACGGGGGAAACACCAUAUUCACAUCUGGUGGAGGCAAGCUAGGCAAGAUCACCCAGGAUAUCAAUAGUCUGUGGAAGCCACAGAAUCUGAAGCUGGCGCCAGCUUCAACCACUGAAAAAGCCCUCGUCUUCAAGUCUUACACGACCUUUAUUCAUGUUAUGGAUGAGAAUGACUUGGCCGCCAGCGGUGCCACUCUGAAGGUUUCAACCGCGUCGCGCACACCGGUUUAUAUUAACGGAUUGUAUUACGUACUUGGGCAGAGUCCGAUCGAGGUUGAGGCGGACAGCACAGGCUCGAUGACAGUAAUUGAGGAGACCCCGAAUAUCAACGGUGCAACGCUCAUAGUUUCAACGGAUGGAGGCGUGACAACUACUGCCAUCAACCCGAUGGAGAAAUCUUUUGAAAAGCUUGGAAAGCUCAAUUCCAAAGACUCCCUCCGUGAUGCCAGCUUCCCAUCAAAGACAUGUGGAGGGGGAGUGGUAGGGACACCGAAAAAAAGCCCGUUGGUCGAGUCAUCGACCAAGGAUAGCGACCUCGACAAGGUCGCCGCAAAUAUGGAAGGGCUCAACAAGGCGUAUGCUCACGUUAAGACUACAAAGCCUGCAGGACAAAAGCUUCACGGCAACCUUCGAGCCACGUCAAGCGGGGACUUUGGUGAUAAUAUCCUAAUCGGAAUUGGGGACCUUUUCAGUUGGUUCGAGUCUGGCGUUGAAGCCGUGGUCGAGGUUAUUUGGCAUGAGGCAACGCAGGCAUGGCACUUCAUCGCGACGAUCGCCGGAGAUAUCUAUCGUGCCAUUCUAGACACUGUGGAGGCUGUUGUUGCUGCAGUCGAGUGGAUUUUCAAUGCCAUCAAGACGGCAAUCAAGGCGAUCAUUCAAUUCAUAGAGUUCUUGUUUGAAUGGGACGACAUCAAACGGACCAAGAAUGUGCUGUACAAUAUUUCGAAACAGUUCUUUCAGCACCAGAUUGACAGCAUUGGGGAUGCCAAGAGUACCUUUAACAACAAAAUCGAAUAUGUGGAGGCAUCCCUCAACGAAUGGGCUGACGUCGACUGGUCACCUCUUGGGGAUACCGUCAGCAAGCCUGCGUCGAGCAGCAGCAAGAGCAACUCCAAGAACCAAACAUCUGGAUCCCAGCUGCUGGCUCAUCAUUACAAGAACAAUGCCAACAGUGUCAGUGUCGUCGCCGACUCGCCGUUUUUAGGAGAUAUCAAUAAAGACCCGGUUCAGAAAGCGCUUGACGAUCUACACAGCGCCCUGUCCAAAGAAGAUAAAGUGAUUUCCGGCUUUCGCGACCAGAUUGGAGAAGUGGCCAAGCAAUUCGCGACGAUGACUGUUGAGGAUGCCAUCAAGAAGAUCGUGGCUAUCUUAGUCGAUGGGAUUCUUGCCAGUGUGGAGGUGGUGGUCGAUGCCCUCCUGGAUCUACUCCAGGAUCUGGCUACAGCAGUAGUGGGUAUGGUGGACGCCAAGCUGCAUAUCCCCAUAAUAUCCGAUAUUCUGAAUGCCAUCGGUAUUCCAGAUAUCUCCUUCCUAGACCUUUUUACCUGGGUUGCUGCUGUCUGCUACACUGUCGUAUAUAAGAUCGCAAAGGGAGAGCCUCCUUUCCCGGACAACAAGGAUGUACAGUCCGUGAUCGAUGCCGGGAGCUGGAAUGAUCUAAUUGACACGUUGCAUCCUCCAGCAUCGUUCUCAGUCGCUUCCAGAACCGUCUAUGACAUGCCCGUCUCGCGCCUUGCCUCUGCGUCGGCUACUUCUACCCCAAGCCAGCCAACCGUCCUACAGGACGCUAUUUUCAUCGCCGGACACUCCGUGAGUGGAAUCUGCGGGGUCAUUGGUGCAUUUGUAAACGCUGUAGAAGCCGAGUCUCCCACUGGAGACAACCCGAUGUCCACACCAUCAGCCAUUCUUGGGUUCAUUGGGGCAGCAUCCCAAGGAGUGGCAGAUAUAGUGUCGCCCAGGGAUCCACUUCAGGAACCUAUUUUCAGUGCGCUUAGCACUGCCACUAGUGUCACGACUGUAGUCUCCAAAGUUGUGUUCAGUAGCUAUGGCCAGAAGAAGCUGGCCAAAUUGGGAUUACCCACAGCCAAAGACCCACGCGGUAUGGGUGCGGGGAUCAAUGUUUUACUGGUCGGUGUUGGUGCUGCCGCAACAAUCAAACAUUUUGUCGAGCUUGCUAAAGAUCCCGCUGGAAAAGACCGGUCAGCUGCGAUUAUCGGAGAAGUAUCAAAUCUGACUUCUUAUAUCAGCCGGAUCUCGUAUGCAUUGGCCGUGAAUGAUAUCGAGGAAGACACGCGGCAGGUAGUCAUUGCGGUUAUGACUGUGAGCAAUCUCAUUACAGCCGGUCUCCAGAUAGCAGAGGCUAUUGUGGAUUAG